AUCAUGUGGCUAGAUAAUUGUAUGAAAACAUUUUGACCUUACAAAUAUGUUCCUAACUCAAUACUUAAAAUAGGUACAAAAAUAAAUGGGUUUUCCCUCCAUUAUAUACUGUAUAAUGUAGGUACAUGGUUAUUUGAAUGUUGUUCCCUCUGUUAGACUAUAAACUCGGCGGCAGCGGCAGCAGCGGCGGCGUCCUAGGCGACGUAGGUGUGUGGAGGCUGCGGGAGCCCUGGGGGGGGGCUGGUGGCUGGGCCGGUGCUGAGUUCGUGCGGGAGGCAUGAGCGGGGCUGCGGCCCUCGGGCUGUGGGCGUCUCUGCCGCCGUGCUCGGGCCUCGGCCUCGGCUCCGGCGCGGGCCCGCUGGGCCCCGCUGACGGCCACCGCCAUGGCCUGGGUGCUGAAGAUGGACGAGGCGGCGGAGGCGGGCCUGGUGCACGACUUCGACGCCAGCCUGUCGGGCAUUGGGCAGGAGCUGGGCGCCUACAGCAUGAGUGAUGUGUUGGCCCUACCCAUUUUCAAGGAGGAAGACUCUGGCCUUCCUUUGGAUGGUGACCCCAAACAGCCACCCUUUCAGUACAUUCUCUGUGCUGCCACAUCCCCUGCGGUCAAACUGCACGAUGAAAGCCUCACUUACCUGAACCAAGGUCAGUCCUCUGAAAUCUGGAUGCUGGACAACCAGAAAGGGAAAGUUGUGCCUGAGAUCAGUGGAAAGUUGGUGAAGAGCAUCAUCAGAGUUGUGUUCCAUGACAGUUGGCUACAGUAUCCAGAGCACCAGCAGGUGGAAGGCUGCAAGUGGAAUCGCCCUGGGGACCGGCUGUUUGAUCUCAAUACUCCAAUGUCUUUUGGUGUCACUGACGUAAGGACAAAUCCAGGCCAGUUAAAUGCAAUUGAUUUUCUCUGGGACCCUGCAAAACGCACAUCUGUAUUUAUCCCGGUCCACUGCAUCAGCACGGAGUUUACUCCGGGCAAGCAUAGAGGUGAGAAGGGGGUCCCUUUCAGAGUCCAAGUCGACACUUUUAAAGAGAAUGAAAAUGGUGACUACAGGGAUCACCUGCACUCAGCCAGCUGCCAAAUCAAAGCAUUUAAGCCUAAAGGAGCAGACAGAAAACAGAAAGCAGACCGAGAAAAGAUGGAGAAGAGGACAGCUCACGAGAAAGAAAAGUACCAGCCUUCAUAUGACACUACCAUCCUCAGUGUAAUGAUUGGAAUGAUGCCACCUACUGGAGACUUGCUGUGGGAAAGCUCCACCAUGAGGAAAAUGCCUCAGAGGCAUUGUGGCUUUUCCUUGGUGUCAUGA